AUGCUGCAUGAAGCAAGGGACAGGCAGAAGCUCGUUGAUGAUGUUCAGCAUCUGCGGGACAUGCAACAUAAGGUGGACUCUGAAUAUCAGGCUUGUUUGAGACGACAGGAAUACAGAAGAGAUCCAAACGAGAAGAAACGAGAUCAGUUUUGGGGACAAGGGACAAGUGAGCGAUUUCAGUUUUCAAGUGGAUCAUCUUCCAAACAGAGUUCUAGUGAGGAGGAUUAUCUAACUGAACCAAAAUGGACCAAGAUGCCUUCAGUAACGUGUGAUUCCAGACUUCCUGCAAUUGACCAAACAUCCGUCAAGCAGAAACAUAAAAGUACCAUGACUCCAAGGAAACUAGAGAAAGUAGGCCCCAGCAAACCUUCUCCAGAUCAGUCAAAGAAAGAUUUAUUAAGGAAGAGGAGGCCAAAUCUGGGGAGAUUAACAGUGAGCCCAGAAAUGUACAGCCCAAGAGCAACUGGGGAGAGAAGCAGACAGAAAUCGCAGCUACCAGUGAAGGUGCCGGCUGUCCUGGGAAUAGAUCCAGUUGUUCAACAAGAAGGCCCAAUGUGUGCAGGUGAGACCAAGCUGAAGAGGCCAACUCAAGAGGGAAGAAACUUGACCUUGUCUUCACAGCUGAUGAGGACACCUGAGAAACCCGUUGAGAGAGCCAAAAAAGGAGAGCCAAGUGCCGACCCCCAGAAAAAGCCCUAUUCAGCCCUAUCCCAGCCCUUCCAAGGAACCAGUAGCCCCCCAGUGCUGAGUGAGUCCUUGGGACCACUAUUAGCACCCACUGCCAUGAGAGGGCCAAGGAGGGCACCGUUUAGGUUCCGAGAUGAGGAUUUUUCUUCCAAGUUAUCAUUAAACACUGGACAAGAAAAUGAUGACACGGAUGAAGAGAUACACAUAGAAGAAGAACUUCUGUUGGCUGGUAUGCACUCACCCCGUUCUCCUUCCAAUCAUCAAAGAAGUAGAUUCCUUGGGAUAUCAACGACUCCAGCCAAAAAUAAAAAUUUGGAAGAAAAUGCUGAAAAUCACAGAGCUAAUUCUUUAAGAAGAAGUGAUCCCAAGCAUGGCUCACUAAGGAUAAGCAAUCCAGUGGAGCCAGUGGCAAAGCAGUCUUCUGUUGGGCAAAGGAUGUCCCAAGACCCCAGGCUUCCUGAUGGGGAGUCUGUGAAGGAGAAUGACAGUGGUGGUAGUGAAAAUGAGAAAAAGGCCAAAUGGGACACCAAAUCUGAACCCAGGCGAGACAGUGGCGUCAGCCCUGAAGAUGUGCCGAGUGAUUGUAUUUCUAUGGAAAAUAGGUCUGCUAUCCAUGAUUGUGAAAGAGAUUGGCAAAACUAUUUAAAUGGUUCUAGAAAUUCGUUUGACUGCUUGCUUUCAGGUAGACCAGCUGUCCCAAGAUCAUCAGUGACUUCACCUUACAACACUCCUGGGCCGUUGAUACAUUCUGCUCUGAUAGAUGAUGUUCCAGUAGACCUGUCAGUGUCAUCUGUUUUAGUUCACAGUUCAGGCCCAGAGGAAAACUCAAGGUUCAAUGUCCGCCGGCCACUGUCCUCUAUCAGAAAUAGGAAUCCAUAUGCCAAUGCUGAGAACCACAAUUAUCUUCUAGUAAACAGCACCCAUGAAUUUGAUAUCAGGGGAACAGAGAGCACUACUUUAACAAGGCAACCUCAGGGAGUUCCUUUAUAUGCAGAAGAUCUCUUGCUAAAUCCUCAAGGCAGCUUCUCCUUGGUGGAUUCUCCCAGCCCUUCUCCAGCAAGAAGGGAUCUACAAGGUCGCUUACAUGUGCCCGAGACCCUGCAAGAAAAUAUACCUUUUACUUUCAUUGCAGUGUCUGAUUUUCCAAAUCCAAAUGAUCAUGGGGCCACCAUAGCAAUCUCUGGUUUCACAGAGGAGAAGGGGGCUACUGAGAUAAAGGCAGACCCUGAGAAACUCAAGAAAUUGCAAGAAAGUCUCCUGGAGGAGGACUACGAGGAGGAAGAAGACCUGUGUCGCAUCUGUCAGAUAGCCGGGGGUUCCCCAACCAACCCCCUCCUGGAGCCCUGCGGCUGUGUGGGAAGCCUACAGUUUGUUCACCAAGAGUGCCUGAAAAAGUGGCUGAAAGUGAAAAUAACAUCAGGAGCAGAUUUAAGCACUGUGAAGACUUGUGAGAUGUGCAAGCAGGGCCUAGUGGUCGACCUGGAUGACUUCAACAUGACUGAGUUCUACCAGAAGCACCGGCAAUCCCUGGCACAAAAUGAGCUGAUGAAUUCAGGCUUGUACCUGGUACUGCUGCUUCACCUCUAUGAGCAGAGGUUUGCAGAACUCAUGAGACUCAACUACAGGCGGGUUUUGAGAGAGAGGUUGUCAAGAAAUUACCCACAACCCAGACCGGAAGAAAAUGAAAGUAGGUUUGGGGGUCAGUCCUGCCAUUUUGAGGGUGUUCACUAAAUUGCUCUUUUUCUGUUACUGUGUUGAACCUAAUACCGUGGAAGGAAGUCAUGACCACCACCAGAGGCAAAAAUAACCCCAUAAAGCUUGGGAAA